AUGGCGGAGUUCAGCCAGGCGGGUCUCCUGGUUGCUCUGCUGCUCUUCACGGCCCUCACGGUCCGGGACAUUUACCUCGGUAGAUCGAGUCCACAGCCCGGUCACUCUCCCACCGACAGUCUCGGUGUGUCUCCGCCAACCACUGAGUCUGGGAAACCCGCCAAAUCCUCCGUGUACUCCGGCCCGGUGCUCAGGUUCCAGUACUGUGUCUCCUGAGGUUACAGUAAGGCCUUCCAGGACUACUCUGUGACCGUCAGCCGAUUGUACCCAGAUGUCCACAUUGAGGGAGAGAACUAUCCCCCAACCCCGUUGAACAGGUGUGUUGGUCAGCUGAUCUCGUAUCUGAAGCUCAUCUCCAUCCUCAUCAUUGUAAGCGGUCUAAACCCCUUCCCCCUCCUCGCCUUCCAGACUCCCAGAGCCUGGUUCUGGAGUCAGGACAAUAAGAUCUUUUCCUGUUUGAUGGCUUUUUUCCUCUGCAACAUGAUGGAGACGCACUUCUUGUCGACAGGAGCCUUCGAGGUCACUCUGAAUGAUGUUCCUGUCUGGUCCAAGCUUCAGUCCGGUUACGUUCCGAACAUCCAGGAACUCUGUCAGAUCCUUGACAACCACUUGAAGAUGAACCAGAUGGAUCACAUGACCUUUUCCUCCUCUUAGACACAGGUACAUCCUCAGGUGAUGAUCGUGGCACUUGGCUCGGAGUUGUACCUUCACCCGUCGCCUCAGCAGUGCUUGGCUCAGUGUGUCGUUCAGCAGCUGGCGUUCAUGAAGGUCUGGCCCUAAAGCAGACUCUGCGGGGCCUCACCAGAUUUAAUCCGCCACUAAAGAGCACACCCUCUGCACACGGUCACACCUCAUCACUACAGUACCCACGAUGCACCUGUUUACAGACGGACAGGCUGAGGACUGUGGUUCAGGUUUAGUUUUGUUUGAUGUAUUAAACUACGGUACUACUGUUAGCUUCAUAGAUGUGAUUUCUUAUGAAUGUUGUCAAAUUUGUGUCAAAUAAAGUUUGAAUUCAACAUGAAACUAAAA